AAGGGCACGGACGGCGCGGAGAAGGCGGCGGAGAAGGCGAAGCCCGCGAAGGCAGAGGAGGCCAAGGGGAAAGCGACGAAGCCCGAGGAGGCCGCGGAGGAGGGGCCGCCAAAGUAUACAAAAUCAAUUUUAAAGAAGGGUGAUAAAACCAACUUUCCGAAGAAAGGAGACACUGUUCAUUGCUGGUAUACAGGAAAACUACAGGAUGGGACAGUCUUCGAUACUAAUAUUCAAACAAGUUCAAAGAAGAAAAAAGCAGCCAAACCUUUAAGUUUCAAAGUUGGCGUAGGAAAAGUAAUUCGAGGUUGGGAUGAAGCUCUCCUAACAAUGAGUAAAGGAGAGAAGGCUCAACUGGAAAUUGAACCCGAGUGGGCAUAUGGCAAGAAAGGGCAACCAGAUGCUAAGAUUCCACCAAAUGCAAAACUUUUCUUUGAAGUGGAAUUGGUGGAUAUCGAGUGA